UACGACGUGCUCCUCGUCACCUGGGUCAAGCUCAACGACGGCGUGACCAUCGAGCUCCAGCCGCACCAGGACGCGUUCCUCAAGCUCGCGAACCCGCGCGCCGUGCUCGAGGCCGAGCUCAAGUACUACUCGUCGGCGACGCGGCUCUCGACGAUCUCCCUCCUCCACGACGGCACGCAGUACGACUUCGACGUCACGGCGACCGUGGGCAAGGACGGCCUCAAGGUCGACGAGUACAACCCGGAGAAGUGCGAGGCCGUCGCCAUCCAGGACGCGGACGUGAGCCUCGACCUC